UCGAAUCUCGAUUCACUCGAACAUCACCCAUCUCCAGUUCGUGGGGCUGUCCUUUGUCGCAGCAGAGCGGUGCGCCGCGCAUGCAUUAAUGUGCUGAUUCUCGUGGGAGAUGUACGGUGCGUGAUCCGUUGCGUGUUCGCCGUAUGAUAUCAGAAUUAUAACUCAUCGACGAUCACACGACGAUGACCGGCACCGGGAACGAGGAUUCUGCUGCCUUUAACUCCAUAUCCGAUCCAGGGAAGGCCAACACUAGCACGGCGGGACCGGUAGUUUUAUAUUCGACUGCGUUGGCAUGGCGAAUUCAGUUCCAUCGCAGCCUUACGCGCGGCAGUGUCUCGGAAUCGUCGGACGACGAAGAGGAUCUGUCCCAGUAUCAGUUCGAGGACGACCUCGAUUACCUCAGAUCGCUGGAUCCAAGGGACUGGAAGGAUCAAGAUCACUACGCUGUCUUGGGCUUGAAGAAUCUCAGACACAAAGCGACUGAAGAUAUCAUCAAGAGAGCUUACAAGCAGAAGAUCUUGAAACACCAUCCUGAUAAACGUAAGGCGAUGGGUGAGGAGAUUCGGCCGGAUGACGAUUAUUUCACGUGUAUAACACGAGCUUGGGAGAUUCUUGGUAGCCAAAUGAAAAGACGAAGCUAUGACAGCGUGGAUCCGUACUUUAACGAUAAUCUGCCGGAAGAGAAGGACUGCCGGCAUAAUUUCUACGAAAUGUUAGGCAAAGCGUUCAAAGACAACUCACGGUGGUCCGUAAAGAAGCCUGUACCACAAUUAGGUGGCCCGUUCACGAUGCGAGAUAAAGUGGAGAAGUUCUAUUCGUUCUGGUAUGAUUUCGAAUCGUGGCGCGAAUACUCUUACCUUGACGAGGAGGACAAGGAGAGUGGUCAAGACCGGGACAUGCGCAAAUGGAUCGAGAAGAAGAACAAAGCCACUAGAGCUAAACGAAAGAAAGAGGAGAUGGCGCGGAUACGCACUCUAGUAGAUAUGGCUUACAAUAUAGAUCCUAGGAUAAAGAAGUUCCAACAGGACGACAAAGAUAAGAAAAACGCCGCGAAGAGGGCGAAGCAGGAAGCGGCGAAAGCCAGACAACAAGAAGAAGAGAGAAUAGCCAAAAACGCAGCAGAGAAGGAGAGGUUGGAAAAAGAGAAGAGAGAGUCUGAAGAGAGAGCGAAGAUGGAGUUGCUGAAGCAAGAACGGGAGGCUCAAAAGAAAGCGUUGCGUAAAGAGAGGAAGGCACUCAGGGACUUCUGCAAGGCAAACAACUAUUUCGCUAAGAGUUCAGCAGAGAACAUCCGACAUAUGGAAAGCGUGGAGAAGAUCUGUGAGUUGUUCAAGCUGGCACAGCUGGAGGAGGCGAUGAAGAAACUGCACGCCGAUGGCAGAAGCGCGUUCCUCAGCAUUGUCGAGGAAACUGAGCGGCACAUUGAAGCGGAACGUCGAGUGAAUGUAAUGAAUAACGAUGCGAGGAAUACACCCGAGAAGCAGACUAAAACAUGCACCGCGCCCUGGAGCGAGAACGACCUCCAGCUCUUGAUAAAGGCGGUCAAUCUGUUCCCCGCCGGCACCAAUCAGCGUUGGGACGUAGUUGCUAACUUCAUCAAUCAGCACAGCAGUUCCACUAGUGGAGUCACUCGCGAAGCUAAGGAAGUCUUGGCAAAAGCCAAAAGUCUGCAGUCAACCGAUUUCAGCAAGUCAAGUUUGAAGGAGCAAGCGAACAAAAGGGCUUUCGACAACUUCAUCGCGGAGAAGAAGAGCAAGGAAGCGAUCGAGGAGAGAAUGCCAGCAGUCACGGAACGUCUGGAUCACCCGAUCGCGAACGGCGUCGGCGCCGAGACCAAGGAGACGAAAAAGGAACCAGCGCCAUGGACACCGGCAGAACAAAAGCUCCUGGAGCAAGCGCUGAAAACGUAUCCUACCACGGUCCCAGACAGAUGGGACCAGAUCGCAGCGUGUAUACCCACUAGGACGAAAAAGGAGUGCAUGAGGAGGUAUAAGGAACUAGUGGAGUUGGUUAAGGCGAAAAAGGCGGCGCAAGUGAUGAAAUAAUAUUAGCUGCGCGCUAAGUCGAAAUUCUCUCAUAAUUUAUUGAACUCUAGUUUACGAGCGAUUUCGAUCUCACGAUCGAUCGUUCCCUGAUGCAUAAACAAGAAUUAUAAUCGCAAAAUUCGUGACUGGGCGACUACCUUAGCUUCGAUUGAGUGCCAGUUCGCGCGCAUACCUGUGCCUUGCUACAGCCCACACGUGCACGAGCUGCACGGAAUACGGGAAAAGCUCAUCGACGUGUUCCGUUCUGCGGAUCUUGCGCGAUUCCGCGGGCAUCACUUGGAAUCACCACUAUGGCACCGUGUUUUAUUCCUGCGUACUGUGCGAUGGAUGUACCUUAAAACCGUGCUGCCGAUCAUUAACUUCCGUGCGCAGAAGCUUGCGACCUAGAAGGGAAUCUCUAGGAAUGUAGGAAUUUUCUCUAGGAACUUUCCUUUUGCAAAAUGGUUUCGUAACCGACCUACACAUUGUGUACGUACUGUAAGAUAGAGAGAAAUUGCUGACAGACGUUUAGAAGAGACGGAAAGAAAAAAGAGGAAAGAGAAAGAAAGAAAACAACGGACUUUAUAAAUAAACGAGAAGGUUUUAAGAGAUGCCCGUUGAAAAGUUCCUGCGCACCACCAUCCUCUGUGAGUAACAAGUCCUUUAUCUAUCCUUAUAAUGUUCCGGUCAAAUGUGAUAAAUUCAUUCCCCCAAUAUGUUUGUUCAUCCCCUUCUCCCCUUCGUUUCAGAAAUUAUUUCUAAGAUUUAUAAAAAUUACUUUAUUCUGGCCAAAAUUCGUGAAAAUGGUUUUUUAUCACAUCUAAAGAAAUCUGAAAUUUAUUUUUAUCCCGAUUAAAAUUGGUGAAAAUUA